AUGGUUCACCACAGAGUUACUAUUAUUGGAUCUGGUCCAGCUGCUCACACUGCUGCCAUUUACUUAUCCCGUGCUGAAGUUAAGCCAACUCUUUAUGAAGGGAUGUUGGCUAACGGUAUUGCUGCUGGGGGUCAAUUAACUACUACCACAGAUAUUGAAAAUUUCCCAGGUUUCCCAGAAGGUAUUUCAGGAACUGGAUUAAUGGAAAAUAUGAGAAAGCAAUCGGAACGUUUUGGUACUGAAAUUAUCACUGAAACCAUUUCAAAAGUUGAUUUUUCCCAAAGACCAUUCAAAUUAUGGACCGAAUGGAACGAAGAUGCUGAACCAAUCACUACUGAUGCUGUGAUCUUGGCCACUGGUGCAUCUGCCAAAAGAAUGCAUAUCCCUGGUGAAGAAACUUACUGGCAACAAGGUAUUUCUGCUUGUGCUGUUUGUGAUGGUGCGGUUCCAAUCUUCAGAAACAAACCUUUGGCUGUCGUUGGUGGUGGUGAUUCUGCUUGUGAAGAAGCAUUGUUCUUGACUAAAUAUGCUUCUAAAGUUUACUUAUUAGUUAGAAGAGAUGUCUUGAGAGCUUCUCCAAUCAUGCAAAAAAGAGCUAAACAAAAUGAUAAAUUAGAAAUUUUAUGGAAUACUUCUGCUGUUGAAGCUAAAGGUGAUGGUAAAUUAUUGCAAGCUUUGGAAAUUCAAAAUAACAAAACUAAUGAAAAAUCCGACUUGAAAGUUAACGGUUUAUUCUAUGCUAUCGGUCAUAUUCCUGCUACUCAAGUCUUUGCUGACCAAUUAGACACCGAUGACACUGGUUACCUUAAAACUACCCCAGGUACUGCCAAAACUUCUAAACCUUUCGUCUUUGCCGCUGGUGAUGUUCAAGAUAAAAAAUACAGACAAGCAAUCACCUCUGCUGGUACCGGUUGUAUGGCUGCCCUUGACUGUCUUGCUGCUUUUGAUGAAGAAGAAGUCGAAUAA